UCAACUUCCCCUCCCAUGUUUUUUCAUCGGUACUCUUCGUUUUUCUCCGGAGUUUUCGGAAUUGGUUCGGAGUACUAAAAAUUUCUGUUUUUAUUUUUGUACUAAAAGCUAAAAGUGUCACUUUUUGAAGCCGUAUCGCUGUUUUUAUUUAAAAAAAAGUAUCUGAGAAAUUCAAUAAUGCCAAAAACUCCUCGUCGUCGUCCUGCACAACUUCGAUGCAGUGUCUGUGACAGCAACCAAGAUGUCCAGUCGACUCCACGAGAAGCACUGAGAAAUCAACUAAAAAACAAUGUACCUGGAUAUAAGGAUGGCCCCAUUUGCUUAGAAUGCGUCCUGACUGCGAGGAAUCGCACCUCGGUGGAUGAUACACUGGACAGAAUUGUCAACCAACAGACACCAGCACAAAUGAGGCACGUCCGGACGGCGUCUCAGUUGGAAAGGGAAAAUAUUCUGUCCCAGCUUUCUUCCCUGUCAGCAGAUUCUGGAUCUCCCCUUCUUAGUUCCCAAGCAACAGAUGAGACUAUGCCAGCUCCAAGUGCUCCAGUGCCAUCAGCCCCGAGAAUCCGGACUCUUCCGGAAAUGUUUCGGGACGUUGAGGAUCUCAGGAAUCGUGGUAUCAAUGCCAAUGACCUCCCGCGAAAUACCGGAGGCUAGUUCAGGAGGAAGAUGGACAGGAGAUUUUGGACUGAGGAAUAGUAAACUAUUCUGCGUUAACCAUUUGUUAAACAUUGUUUUUCUCAUUGAUUGGCUUCAAUUCUAAAUAAAUUUAAUCUUUUUUAAUUUUUUAAAA